UUAAUAAAUACAAUAAAAAUAUGUUUAGAAAAUAGUUUAAAAAUAAAGACGUAUGAGAAUCAAUAUUAUUCAAAUUUGACGAAAUUAAUAACUAAAUUAACAGUGACAGAUUAUAGAGAACGUGAUUGUUUAGAUAUUAUAUUAAAACCACUUGAUCAAUUUGUAUUAGCACAUAUUACUUCAAUUAAUUAUAAAAAUUCAUUUGAACAUAUUCAAAACGAUCCAAGUACAUACAAUGAUAAAGAUGAAUUUUUUUUAUUUACUUGUGUAAAUUAUAUUUGGAGUGCAAAAGAAGAUAUAAAUAAUGAAUUAUUUGAUAGAAUGUCAAAAUAUUAUGAAUAUAUGUUAAAAGAAUUAAUAUUUAUAUCAAAUAAAUUUGAAAAUAAAUCAAUUAAAAUUUCAUUGAUGUAUAUUAUUCUAAUUUUAAAUAGAUUAUAUACAGCAAAACAAUUCUUAAAUGUCUUUGAUGAUUUGAUUUUAUUAUUCAAUAAGAUGCCUGAUGGUUUUCUAUUGGAAGAUAAUAGUGAAGAAAACCAGAAUUAUGAAAUUGGGAUUAGUUGGCAAUAUGAAUUUCCAGCAGAUUUGGAUUCAUUAAAUGAAACAAGUAUACCAGCGAGAUUUAUUUAUAGUAUAUUACACAAGAUAUAUGCCUGUGUAUGUGAUUCGAAUAUCAUUUCAAUUAUAAAAGAUAAACAUAUAGCAGAAACAAUAUUAAAAUUAACAACUGUUAAUUCUCAAUCAAUACAACGUCUUGCUUAUAAUAUAUUAGCAUUAGUUAUGAGUGAAAAUGAUGUUAAAAAAUUGCCUCAACCUGAUCAAAUAACAUCAGUUUUUAUUGGAUUUUUAAAACAGGCACAUGAAAAAUAA